AUGUGGUGGGGGGGCAGGGGCCAGAGUUUCAACAUCGCCCCCCAGAAGGAAGAGCCAGAGAUGGGGCCCUCUGGACCACAGUCUGUCCAGGGGAGUGGAAUGCCAGAGCCCAGGAAUCCUCAACUUGGCAGCUGCCUGGUCUCUGGAUGCCUCCCAGGGGAGCAGAUCCUAGCAUGGGCCCCAGGGGUGCGGAAGGGGCUGGAACCUGAAUUGCCUGGAACCCUGAUCUGUACCAACUUGAGGGUCACCUUCCAGCCCUAUGGAUGGCAGCGACAUCAGGAGACUUCCCUAAGCAGUGAUUAUGAUUUUGCCCUGGUCAACAUUGGGCAAUUAGAGGCUGUGAGUAGCCUGUCUCGAGUCCAACUCCACCGUCCAGGGUCCCUGCUUAAAUUUAUCCCUGAGGAGAUCCUGAUUCACGGCCGAGACUUCCGGCUGCUCAGAGUUGGUUUUGAGGCUGGAGGACUAGAGCCUCAGGCCUUUCAGGUGACUAUGGCCAUUUCCCAAGCCAGAGCUCAGAGCAGUCAAACCCAACAGUACUCAGGGAUAGCCCUGAGCAAGACUGGCCAGAGUUCUGGCUCCAAAAAACCACCUAUACCCCUCUUGGAGACAUCAGAAGACUGGGAGACUGAGAGGAACAGGCAGGGUGCCAAAGGCUGGCGGGUUAGUCUUGUCAAUGAGAGAUUCGACGUAGCCACCAGCCUCCCCCGUUACUUCUGGGUCCCUAACCGAACUCUGGACAGUGAGGUCAGGAGAGCAUUUGGCCACUUUCAUCAGGGCCGUGGACCGCGCCUGUCCUGGCAUCACCCUGGGGGUAGUGAUCUUCUCCGCUGUGGAGGUUUCUACACAGCCAGUGACCCUAACAAGGAGGAUAUCAGAGCAGUGGAGUCUAUGCUCCAGGCUGGGCAUUCUGACGUUGUCCUGGUCGACACUAUGGAUGAGCUGCCUAGUCUUGCAGAUAUCCAACUUGCCCAUUUGAGGCUGAGGGCCCUCUGUCUGCCUGAUUCAUCUGUAUCUGAGGAUAAAUGGCUCUCAGCCCUGGAAGGAACACGAUGGUUGGACUAUGUCAGGUCUUGCCUUCGAAAGGCCAGUGACAUUUCAGUCUUAGUGACAUCAAGAGUUCGCUCUGUAGUACUUCAAGAGCGUGGCGAUCGUGAUUUCAAUGGCCUCCUCUCUUCACUGGUCCAGCUGCUUUCAGCCCCUGAAGCCCGAACACUGUUUGGCUUCCAAUCACUAGUGCAGCGAGAGUGGGUGGCAGCUGGACAUCCCUUCCUGACCCGACUUGGGGUAACUGGGGUCGGUGAAAAGGCCCCGGUGUUUCUCCUCUUCCUUGAUUGUGUCUGGCAGCUCCUGCAGCAGUUUCCAGCUGAGUUUGAAUUCUCCGAGUUUUUCCUUGUUGCUCUUCAUGACAGUGUCAGGGUUCCUGACACACUUACAUUCUUGAGAGACAAUCCCUGGGAGCGUGGAAAGCAGAGUAGACAGUUCAACUCCUAUACGCAAGUCUAUACCCCAGGGUACUCCCACCCCCCAGAUGGGAACUCUAUUAACGCACAGCUCUCUGUCUGGGACUGGGAUUUACGCUACAGCAAGGAACAGAUACUACAAUUCCAUAAUCCUGGCUAUGACCCCGAACACUGCCAAGAUUCCUGGCUCCCUAGACAGCAGCCAAGCUUCAUGGUUCCUGGACCUCCCAGUUCUGUGUGGCUCUUCUCUAGAGGGGCUCUGACUGCCCUGAAUCAGCUCUGUCCUUGGCGCGACAGUCCUUCCCUGCUGGCAGUCUCUUCACGUUGGCUCCCUCGACCUGCUAUCUCUUCGGAAAGUCUAGCUGAUCAAGAGUGGGGGCUCCCCUCCCAUUGGGGAGCUUGCCCUUUACCCGCAGGGCUGCUGCUGCCUGGGUAUUUGGGACCCCAGAUCAGGCUCUGGAGACGCUGCUACCUAAGGGGAAGGCCUGAGGUCCAGAUGGGCCUCUCAGCUCCCACCAUCACUGGCCUCCAGGAUGAGCUAUCCUGUCUGCAGGAGCUAUUAAAGAAAUGGACUCCAAGAAUAUCUCCCGAGGAUCACUCCAACAAAAGAGACCCAAAUCCCAUUCUCUCUCAAUCCUGUUGA